AUGGAUAACAGCAGCUUGGAUUCACAUGGAGAUGUAAACAACUCUUUCCAGAUUGAAUUUCACUCCUGUGCUACAUUGAGGAACCCAGCCUCUCGUGCUUUUAUUUACAUGUUCACUGUCAGCAUGUUCUGCACAGUAGUGGGUAACUUCCUGGUGGUCUUGUCCAUUGCCUACUUCAAUCAUUUACAAUCACCCACAAACUCCCUCGUCAUGUCCUUGGCAGUGGCUGACUGCCUCGUAGGUCUGGUUGUGAUGCCUUACAGUAUGAUAAGGACUGUGGAGGGGUGCUGGUACUUUGGAACCAUGUUCUGCCAGGUUCAUUCCAGCCUAGAUGUCAUGCUCUGUACUGCCUCUAUAUUCCACCUCAGCUGUAUUGCUUUUGACCGCUACUAUGCUGUAUGCAACCCAUUAUUGUAUUCUUUAAAGAUGUCACAUGGUCGAGUAGCUCUCCUCAUUCUUGUUUGCUGGGCUGUUCCCUUCCUCAUUUCUUUUGGUCCUAUAAUGCUUGGGCUUCAUAUAGCCGGUGUUAACACCAUUCUACCUAAAGAUGUUUGUUUGUUCUUGGUCAAUCGCUUUUAUGCUGUUAUGGCUUCUUUGGUAGCCUUCUACUUGCCCAUGGCUGCCAUGCUGGUAGCCUACUGGAGGAUCUUCAAAGCAGCCAAGAGGCAAGCCUGUCAGAUCAGUGCCAUGGAAAGUCAGAUGGCUGCUGGAGUGGGCAAAGACUCGAGCAAGAAACAAAGACAUCGGAAUAAAGAGAGAAUAAGGAGAGAGAGAAAGGCGGCAAAAACUUUGGGUGUCAUCAUGGGUGUUUUCCUAUUAUUCUGGAUGCCAUUCUUUACAGUUAAUAUUGUGGACCCUUUCAUUGAAUACAACAUGGAGGUGGUACUGUGGGAUAUAUCUUUAUGGCUGGGGUAUAUCAACUCUUCUCUCAACCCGUUCCUGUAUAUUUUUUUUAACCGGUCCUUCCGCAGGGCAUUCUUUAUGAUCAUAGGCUGCAGGGUUUGUCUGCCUGGAUCCUCUCCUGGGAUGGAGCUAUCACACACUAGAAAAGACAGGAAUGAUCAUGCAGAUCAACAUUAA